CAUGGUACCUGGUAGUAAAACCUUAUAAUGGUUUGUGGCUAUAAGCCAUCACAAGUUGACUGAAUCUUCUCUACUGCAAGGACUUGAUCAGCAACAAAACAAGCGUGCAUUAAUUUCAACACGCAUUUCUUCAAAAAUGAUCUUGAAGUAUUUCGCAAUCUUAGCAAAGGCUCUGAGCGUUGAAAUUUAUGUUUGAUGAGUGAACAUUUUUAACUUGUGUUUUCCACCCCGUUGUAAGACAUCAUCAAAUUGUGUGUUGUUCCUAUCUGACUUGCACCUCUUUUAUUCCAUCUAACUGGAGGCAGGGGAGCUCUAAAAACAGUGUGCGACUGAGUGAAAGCAGAUGAGGGUCAAGUGCUAGCUCUUCUGAUAAGGAAAAUGAAAUUCCUUUCCAUUUUAUCUUGUUAGAAAAUAGCCCUAAUGAAAGUAUGCAAGAUAGCAUGGGGCAGAUCACACCUCGGGCACGCAGAGAUGACAUGCGUGAGAACAAGAAGAAAUAUUUUAGUUCUCUGGAAAAAGAAACAAGAAACUAUUGUCCCCUUUGAACUAUUUAUAUAUACCUAAGCAGAAAAUUAAAUCAGUCAUUAUCUCGUUGAAGCAGGAAUGCUCAAUGUGUGACUGCCAAACUUAGGAAAUCCACUAGACAUCUGCGCAACUUGUUGAUAACUUCAAUUUCUGUGCUCAAGGAAACAUCUUUUGAAACUCAAAUAUUUAGCUCAAUUAAAGUAAACGUCUCAUUCCAUCUCGGCAUGAGCUGCAUCCGGAUGUAUUAGAGCAGCGCGUGAAUGUCUGUAAUUUCUUCUGCUCUUUCAGGCCACAAGGCCCCUCCCCAUCUCUCACUCCCACUUCUGUCAUCUUGCAGAAGAAGUGGGGAAAGUCAUUAGGCACAAAAAGGGGAGGAGAGAGCAAGUGGUUGCUAUAGCCAUGAAAGUCAGGGCUGAGCUCCACGCCACAGAGAGCUGGUGAGAGGACACCACCAGGGAGUAUCUGCACGGGGAGGACAAUACAUCUUCAGCUUAUUAAGCUGUAUAAACAAAUGGCUGACUGGUGGAGAUCCUAGGUGUCAUGAAUGACGGCUGAAAGACUUUGGAAAGAUCAAUAAAUCCAGAUGGGCGUCGGUGGAGCUUUAAUGAGAUUCCAUGAAAUUCACUUAAAGAUGACAACAACCAGCUGGAGCACGGCCAUUAUUUCUCAUCGACACAAAGUGGGGGAUUUGAGAAAAAACUGAGAACGAUGGGCAACGCCAUGCGAGGAGUAAUCGCCUUGAUUCCCUCCGAACGCUGCCAGCGCUACCUGGUGGGAGACCUGAAGGAGAUGCCGCUGGACCGAACCCUGGACCUGAGCGGCCAUCAGCUGCGGCGGCUGCCUGUCGCCAUCUGCGUCUUUGAUGAGUUGGUGAAGCUUUACCUGAGUGACAACAACCUCAGCAGCCUGCCUGACGAGCUGCAAGGCCUGAGGAAUCUGCAGCUUCUCGCACUGGACUUUAACUGCUUUGAGGAGCUCCCUGCAGCCAUUUGUAGAUUGCACCAACUCACUAUCCUCUACCUGGGCAACAACAGACUGCAUCGCCUUCCCAGAGAACUGAGAGAGCUCAAGGAGCUCAACACUCUGUGGUUGGAGACCAACUGCUUCACCGAUUUUCCCAAGGUAGUUUGUGAGCUUACGAAUCUUAAGACGCUGCACUUUGGCUACAAUCAGAUACGCAGUGUGCCAAAAGAUCUGAGGCGACUGGAGGAACUAAAAAGCAUCUGGCUUGCCGGGAACCUCCUGACAGAGUUCCCUCCAGAGCUGCUUGAAAUGCACUCCCUGGCUGUCGUCGAUGUGGACAGGAAUAAAAUACGACAAUUUCCGAACCUGUCUCACAUGCAGGGUCUGAAACUCGUCAUUUAUGACCACAACCCCUGUGUUAAUGCCCCUGUAGUGGGUGAGGGCGUCAGAAGGGUGGGCCGCUGGGCUGACAAUUCAGACUUCGAACAGGAAGAUGAGGGAACCAAAGCACAGAGUGAGGACACAACUGAGAUAGCAGAGGUUCCCUCAGAGGAGAAGCAAAACAAUUUAGGGCAAGAAAGUAGCAAUCAGCUGUGAUGGGAUGUCAAAACCUGAGGCUGAAAAGUAGUCUAUCACAAGGAUCAUGGCCAACAUAUAGUGAGGGCUAUUGCCUCAGAGUAGUCCUAAAUGUUACCUGCAAGAGAAUUAAUCACAAUUUUGGAAGUGGAAAAGUUUUGUGUGCCUUAAAAUAUCAGGACCGAUGCAGGAACACACACUCACUGGCUGGUUUAUUGGUAACUACUUCUGUCUUCAGAGCUGCCUUAAUUUCUCCCAUCAUAUAUUAAACAAUGUGUCUGAAACAUUCCUCAGAGAUUUUGGUCAAUGUUGACAUGACAGGCAUCAAGAAGUAAAUUUCUCACUCUACACAUCUGACAUGUAUUCUUGUGGAUCCAGAUCUGGAGGACAUUGGAGUAGUUAAUUGUGUUAACAAGCAAUUAAAACUGUGUACCUAAUAAAGUGGCUGGUGAGUACACAUUGUUAAUAUUUCCAGCAAAUUAAAUGUUUUUAGCGAGGAGGUUUGACUUCUUUUAUUUUAAGGUGCAAGACAGUAUUUCAAAUCAUUUUUGACGGUAUUUAUAACUGCAAGUCUGUAGUUUUUCUUGCAACAUUGUCUGUGUUUGCAGGACAGCAAUACAUAUUUUUCUAUUAAUCUAACUAUGCAUGUUGCUGUGCCAACUACUAGCUGAAAAUCAAAUCACAGUGAUGUUAUCUCAACUCGCUUUGUGAAGGGGUUUAACUCAAAGAUAGGAAGCACAUAAAAAUGAGCUUUAUUUCUAAAAUAACUUCUGUACCUGCUGAGACUAAAAAGAGUCUUCAGUACGAGUGAUGGAUAGUCUGAGUCGUAGGCUGCACUCAUUAUCCAGGCGAAUGCAUAAUUCAUUUGAUAAAUUAGGACUGUGGCUUGGAAUAAAGGCCACUAAUGGGGCUUAAUAUCAUCACCCAAAGCUUUGGGUUUUGAAGAGCCAAUAAAUGCAUGUUUGUAUUUCCUCAUAGUGCCAGGAAAUGUUGUCUAAAUGGAAAUAAAUGCCCCUCUGCACAAUAGGAUUUAAUGCGUUUCAGACUUGCCUUUAAUGAAGCACACAAAAAGACAUUAAAAGGGCUACAAAUCCUUCCUUAGUCUAGGAACGUAACCAUUUAAAGUUUAGGACUUCUGUAAUUCAACUUUUCUCUCAAUUUUGUACUUAGGUAGAAACUUACAAAAUAUUUUAUUCUUUCUGCGUGUGUUCUACAAAACUUUAGCAUGUAGCUGUAUUAUUGUUGAAGGAAAUAAAAUAUACAUUCUUCGCACUA